CAAGAAGAAACCAAAACAGGCAGGGAGGGUAUUUUAAAUUCUUGCUGGCGUAUUAUUCAUUGAUAAUUUUUUUUGAUCCCCUAGAUCUGGCCCGAGUUGAGACACUACUGCCAAUCUACCACCAGUGCUACCACAGACACAGACACAACAAUGUCGGAAGAAUCACCGGCUCAAAAGGCUGCUCGCCUACGCAGAGAACGGCGUGAAGCUAAGAUUCGCGAUGGCGGUGCUGCUCGUCUAGACAAGAUCACCAGUCUAAGCGGCAGGACGCCAGCUAGUGUGCGUGAAGAAGAUGAUCCCCCAACCUCCGUACCAGGAAAUAUCACACCCUCUCCUCCCGUCGAGCCCGAGAUUGCCGCACCCGCAGCCCUACCCCCCUCCCAGGAGGAAUCGGCCGAAGCCCUCCGCGCGCAACAGGAGUAUAUCCGUGCUCUACUGCGACAGGCGCCUGCAGAAGAACAGGCUGGGGUUUCCAGCCCGCUCGAUGAAGACCCGACAAUGAAAAUGUUGAAUGCUUUGAUGGGUGGGAUGGCCGGUGGACCGGGCGGGUUACCGGGGGGAAUCCCCGGGUUUCCCGGAGACGCUGCAGGUGGUGGUGGUAAUGGUGGCGACGGUAAUAACGGGGGAACUGGGUUUUCACCUGCAGCGCUGGCCUCGAUGCUGGGACUACCGCCGUUUGUGGCGAGCAUUCUGGGUGCUGUGACUGGGAAAGAGAGCGACGAGGAGAAACGACAGGCGCUGGUGUGGAAGCUGCUGCAUACGGUGUUUGCGAUGGCCUUGGGUAUCUACGUGCUGGUGCUGAUGAGCUCGUCGGUGGCGACGUACGGGUUCCCGCCUCCGCGGCCGGCGACGGCACAGAAUCCGUUCCUGGCGUUUUUGACGGGGGAGAUGGUUCUUGGCGGGGGGCGGGCGGUGUUGGGCAAGGGGGAUGCGUGGUCGAUGGGGGUGAAGACGGUUGGGGAUGUGAUGAGAGAUGGGAAGAUUGUCCUGCUUGUGUUUGGGCUGGGGAGUUGGUGGUUUGGGGGGUGGACGAGCUGAACUAUCCUCCAUACCAUGUAGUACAAUCCAGCCUGCUAUUCUACGACUUUUCCAGUGCAUCUAGCCACGCUUUUUUAAUUCGCUACUGGGAGGCCUACUUUUUUUUGCAGAGCUUCUGAAAUCCAUGCCUGAGGCACUUUAGUGCCUGAGGCAGAGACAAUGGACGCCUUAAUGCCUAAGAUCUGCGGAGGAUUGGGCUAACCGGAUGCAGCCAGUUCUGCAAACGAUGCAAUAUAUGCAAAGUGAUUGGUGGAGCCCCGCAUCAGGGCAUCACGUGGGGAGGUCAGCCGUGGACCUUCCCAAACGGGCUGCUUGACUUUCUCUACUUACUUUAAUUUACU